AUGGCACAAGAGAACCAGCAUGCUGCAGGUGCGAUUGUCCGGGAAAUUGAGCAGCAGAUUAGACACAACGCGCCCGGCCAGAAGCUUCCCAUUCUAUAUUUAAUUGAUUCGAUUUGUAAGAAUGUAGGAGGUGUAUACAUAGACCAUUUCGCAAGAAAUAUUGUAUCGACCUUCAUGGAUGCUUAUACACUCACUGAUCCACAAACACGAAGAAGCUUUGAACGACUGUUACAGACAUGGAAGAAUGGUUUGCCUAAUGGUCAUCCUGUAUUUUCACGACAUGUGAUCGAAUCCAUUGAACGUCCUGUCAAUUUUAUGCGAGAACGUCAAGGUGCUCAACCUAUGCAUCAAUCACCACGUCCCAAACACCCUCUUCCUCAACAACAACAGCAACAACAGCAACAACGGAAUCAACAUAUCCACGUUAAUCCCAACUUUGUACCUGCGCCUGGUUCACGUGAUCCACGCACACGAUCUGAUUAUCCUGAUCGACAACGACAACAGCCUUCUUUUAAUAUGGCGUCUCCAGCAAAGCAGGAUUCACCAACGGCAAAACCCAAUGGACCCAAAGAAGGACCUCAACAAUUAUCACAAUUGUUUUCUCAGAUCCAGGCUAUUCUCCCUGGAUUGCCUGCCACACAAGCUGCGUCAUUUCAACAUCAAAUUGAUCAAAUCAUGAGUGCACCUCCUGCUCAAACUGGAAGACUUGCUUAUGCACCUACUUCAGCUGCUGCUACUCCACCACCACCUACAUCAAUACCACCACAGCAACAACAGGCACCAUCAACAGCAUCUCAUAUGGCUGAAGCUAAAGGCACACCACCUAUGGGAGGACCUUUUCCACCAACAACAACAGCCACUUCAGAACCAAAAGCACCUGCUAUCAACACAACUGAACUUUUGCAAGGUUUGACUUCCCUUGGUAUUCUUCAAGGAGGUACACCAAGUAAUGUUGUCAGCACCCCUACGCCGCCUCCUAUGAUUCAAGAACAGCAACAACAUGCAUCUAUUUCAACACCACCACAACAUUCAGCGACGGCGGGCAUACGAUUGGAGAGUAAAGACUUGCAAAUAGCUCGACCAGGCGCAGUGGAAGUGCUGUAUUCGGGGCUACCACUUCAAUGCAAACAAUGUGGCUUCCGAUAUCCAAAAACAGAGCAAGGCCAAUCCAAGAUGGAUGCACAUUUGGAUUCUCAUUUCCGGCAAAAUCGACGUAUGAAGGAACGUGUCAAGCGUGGUUUAUCUCGAUCCUGGUUUGUAACAGAAGAUGAAUGGAUCAGUGGUGCUGGUGGUGAAUUGGCUAGUCAUCAAGCACCGACUUUUCUCACUGAUAGCACCAGCGGCAGUGGCAGCGCACAUCAGCAUGGAAACGUGGGAGGAUCGCCUUCAGCACAAGCUGGAUCCGAAACGAUAGGUCCAGAUAGCCAAAUGGUUGUUAUGCCUGAUGAGAAUAAUCGAAAGCCAUGUCCUAUUUGUGGCGAGAGAUUCGUGGAUUUCUGGAAUGACGAUGAGGAAGAGUGGAUGUACAAGAAUGCUGUACUUGUGGAUAACACGAUAUAUCAUGCUACAUGUCAUGCCGAUGCUGUCAAGAGUGGUACGCUCAUGUCCGAUCAUGGUGAUGAUGAUGGUGCAGUAUCGGAUGCUUUGACGACGAUGCUGAGUGAUCAAGGUGUAAAACGUAAACACGAAUCGUAUGCAGAUCAGGAUGAAGGAGCUGUGAAAAUACCUCGAACUGAUUUAGCUUAUGAUGUCAAAUAA